AUGGCGGACAGAAAAUCGGACGGUAGUCAUGAAGCUAGCGGGUCUUUGGAUAAUUGCGAUCAUCCAGGAGGUACCGAGACACUGAAAUCAUCUGAAGAUGAAAGCUCGGAGAGACCUGAGGCUCAGUAUUCCCAGGACCUCAAAAGCGUCCUGGUCACCAGCGUUUUAAACUUGGAGAAGCUCGACGUAGACCUGUACAGAGGGACACAUCACUGGGUGCCCCGCACUCAGCGUUUGUUUGGGGGCCAAAUAGUCGGUCAGGCCCUUGUGGCUGCUGCCAAAUCUGUCAGCGACAACCUCUAUGCCCAUUCUCUCCACUGCUACUUUGUACGAGCAGGGGACCCUAAGGUUCCAGUGCUGUACCAGGUGGACCGCACAAGAGAUGGUCGCAGUUUCACAGUGCGCUCUGUGCGGGCCAUCCAGCAUGGACAGUCCAUACUGAUCUGCCAAGCGUCCUUCCACAAGCAACAGCCGAGCCCCCUGCAGCACCAGUUCACCAUGCCGGUGGUCCCACAGCCUGAAGACCUCCUCACUGUGGAGGAGCUUAUUCAGCUUUAUCUCAGUAAACCAGAUCUGGCAGAGAAAUCAAAACAAGGCCUUAACAAACUGCUGGCUAAUGAGGUCCCCAUUGAGAUAAAGCCAGUCCAGCCACCACACUUUUACAGAUUUGCUGCCUCUGAGCCAAGGAAGCUGUUCUGGGUGCGAGCACGAGGACAUAUUGGUGAAGGCAACAUGAAGCUGCAUUGCUGUGUUGCUGCGUAUGUAUCAGACUUUGCAUUCCUGGGCACAGCUCUGUUGCCUUAUCCCAAAUACAGAGCCCACUUCUCGGCCUCUCUGGACCACGCCAUGUGGUUCCACACCACUUUCCGCAGUGACGAGUGGAUGUUGUACGAGUGUGAGAGCCCAUGGGCAGGGGGCAGUAGGGGACUGGUUCAAGGCCGACUGUGGAGAAGAGAUGGGGUGCUGGCUGUCUCAUGUUCCCAGGAGGGUGUCUUGAGAGUGAAACCCGUCACAGAGCCCAGCAAACUAUAAGUUCAUUCCUAAAAACUUUCAAACUCUAAUUUAUUUGUAACGCUAAUCAUAUAAAUGUUAUUUUGAAUUUUAGACAUAAACUAUUAAUAUAAUGUUUGAUUGUUUUAUUAAGAACAUUUAAUUUUAUUUCCAGACAAUAAAGAAUUAAAAGGUUAUAAGGAUGCAUGAUGGUCAUUUGUUAGAUGAGACGUAUCAUGGCCAUAAUUGAUUUCACUACUUUGCAUAAUCGUUAAUGCUCGUUUUUGAAAUUUGGCAAUGUUAAGACGAUAUUGUACUGCAAAGAUCUGGGUAUGAAUUUUGAGGUGCCGCACUUUUGACAUCACCUACCAUACAAGAUUGUUUUAUCAAGCUUUUGCAAAGUCAUGUCACAAACAUAAGGGCAACAUGAUUUGGUAGGCAAAUAGUGGAAAAUGGCCUGCCACAGAGCUUAGUUAUGAAAAGAGGUUAAAAAAAAAAAAAAGAAAACCCAACCUGAAACAUCCACCAACUACCUGCACCUGUCUCAUGGGCUUUCUUAGAGGGAGCUACAGAUCUGCUUGUUGGAGAGAAUAAACAGAAGAAUAGAAUGCAGAGAGGACUCAACAGCAAAGAAAAGGAACGGCCUGAUCCACCAGUGGAGAGUGAAAAAAGUGAAAUUACUGUGGUCAAGGGCAGGCAAGGAAAUGCACAACCUGAUCCACUGUUGGAAAAUGAAACAUUUGCAAUUAUUGUGGGGCAGGCUAACCAGGAAAAUGUACAGCCCGAUCUUCAAGGGGAAAAUGAAAAAUGACAUUAUUAUGGAGCAUGACAGGAUGAAGAUGUACAGAUUGUUCCACCUGCAAGAGUAUCAUAAAAUCUACUUUCAUUUUUUUUCAAGGUGACACGCUUGAUAAGCGCAUAUUGCAUUAUAGGCUGUGCAAAAAAAUGUUAGCUAGGAACUUUUGCAAUGUACAGUAUGGUUGAGAUUGAGGGCCUGUAGGUUUUUCUUACACUGCAGCAAAUUAAAUAACAGAUUAAAUAAUAAAUGCA